AACGAUCGUCUCAGUCAUUUGCCAAGCUGAUUCAAGUCAAAAACAUUUUCUCGUGUUUCUGCACAUUCCACUGAAGGUUCAACCAGUCAAAAUGAUGAAGGUUAUUGCUACUGUUCUGCUUAUCUCCGUGCUUGCCGCUCAUGCCAAGCCCACUAGCGUGGAUGAAUCGUUGGAUGCCCCGGUUGCUGAUCUGGUUCAAAGUAGCCUGGCCGUUGCUGAACAGGAUCCAAAAGUGGAAGCCAUCAAAGAAGCUGAUGUUGAAAUGAGCGACCAGAACAAGGAAGCUAUGGAAAAUGCCGAAACUUUCGGAUUUGGAUACUACAAGACGUUCUAUCCACGUGUCUACAUUCCGUCCUACCCAGUUGUGCACCAGUACGCAUAUCCUGUAGUCCACCAUUAUCCAGGAUAUGUGCACUAUUACUAGGAGUAUUGAAAUGUCUAGACAUUGUUGAAAUGUUAUUAUUUAUUUCGAUUAUUUAUUGUGUGAAUAAAGGUGCGAUCUAAAACAAAA